GGAAGUGAUUCUGAGCGUGGGUCCACGUGUUUCUCUGUCAUGAUAUGUGAUGUUUCUGGGAUAUAAACAAGAGGAAUAACAGCGAAAUGAAAAAUAUUCAUAUCUUAUAGCAGGCUCCCGACACGGUUGAGAAGAUGCUGAGUGACGCAGAAGCUGCGGAGCUGCUCACCUUCCUCACUCCCAGUACCCGUCCAGAUGUCAAAGGCCGGGCCACCGAGUGCAUCCUGGGACUGUCUGGGAACAGGGACGGCUGCCGCCUCCUCCGCUCUAAACCUGACCUGAUUGCCGCUCUGUUUGCGUUGACCUCUGACCCUUCUGUUGCCAUAGUGAAGGACUGUUACCACAUCCUCAUCAACCUGUCGGCCGACGAAACUCUGCACCAGGUUUUGGUGACGGACGUCAAAGUUCUCCCGGUGUUGUUUAAGAAUCUCCAGGAUCCGGAGUACUUUUUCUCCGAUCAGAUCUGCACCAUCCUGUCAAACCUGACCCGCCUGGAGAAGACCUGCAAGACUGUGCUGAAGGUGCUGCAGGAGGAGAUGGGUCUGGCUAAGCUGGUAGAAAUCUUCUGCACUGAAGGCUUCAACAAGAAGUCCAAACUCCACUACCUGGCUCCUCUCUUAUCCAACCUCACACAGCUGCCCGAGGCCCGGAACUACCUGAUGGACAAGGACAGGUGUGUCAUCCAGAGGUUGCUGCCCUACACUCAGUACCAGGCGUCCGUGGUCAGAAGGGGCGGAGUCAUCGGCACACUGCGGAACUGUUGCUUUGAACACAUUCAUCACGAGUGGCUGCUGAGCGAGGCGGUGGACAUCCUGCCCUUCCUGCUGCUGCCGCUGGCCGGACCAGAGGAGCUGAGCGAGGAGGAGAACGACGGUCUGCCUGUGGACCUGCAGUACCUCCCCGAGGACAAGAAGAGAGAGGACGACCCCGACAUCCGCAAGAUGCUGCUGGAAACACUCUUACUGCUGACAGCGACGAAACCCGGCCGGCAGAUUCUGAAGGAGAAAAAUGUUUAUCCGAUCAUGAGAGAGUUUCACAACUGGGAGAAGGACGUCCACGUGACUGCAGCCUGCGAGAAGCUUGUCCAGGUGCUGAUCGGAGACGAGCCGGAGGAGGGGAUGGAGAACCUGAUGGAGGUGGAGAUCCCCGAGGACGUGGAGGAGAAGCUGAAGCAGGCCGACACCAAAGAGCAGGAGGAGCUGGAGAAAGAGGCGGAGCGAAAGAGACGAGAGGAGGAGGAGAGCAGGAGUUCAGAUCGGACAGAGAAAGAAGAGGAGAGCGGACUGAUAAAAUGAAAGUCACAUUUUUAUGCUUUACAGUGAUAAACCAGUUUAAUGGUUUGUUGUGGCUCCAUUCAGACUGGAUUCAUUUACACAAAGAGACACAAGGCAUUCAUCCGCAGUGGGUGUAUUUUUUAAUAAAUUACUGCUCACGUCAGUUAUUCAAACUUUUUUUUCUCCUUAUUGAGAGGAAAGAAAAACCUUUUCCUGACUGAUCUGUCUUAAAUGAAUCACUUCAUUACACCAAAUAUUCAGUGUGCAUGUAAAAGGGUUUUUUUGUGGGGGACUCUGGUGGAGGGUGUUUUAGAAUAAUAAAUAUAUUUUAGUCAUAAUGGUUAUAUUGAAGCAUCUUGAAAUUGCCAGUACUACAUAUCAAAGUGUGUUUGGCUUGUUUUAUUGGUGGAACCUCUUGAAGCGGUCUGCAGAGCUGCUGUCAGUCCUUUCAUUCAAAUGUACACAUUAAGAAUCACGUUUAAGCUUGUUUUUUAGGCUGCAUCAUUUCAUUAUUGGAUACAUGGUCUUCAAUAACGUGUUACACAAAAUUUACAUGUCCAAACCUGCAGCUCAGCUAUUCUCAGAUAUUUGAGCAUCGCAGUCAGAAUGUUAGGUAUUUUAAUCUCAAAGGCUUGUUUUCAGAAUGAGAGAAACACACCUGCAAAGGCCCCAGAUCCACGACUUCAACUGGAGAUUUUUUCUCUGAGGUGACAAAUGUACAGCAGUGUUUCAGCUGUGGCUGUUUUUAAAGUGCUAAAUACAAGUUGAUAUUUGU